GCUCCGGCCCCGCCUCUUUAGGCGGAGGGGGGGUGGGGAAAGAGAUGGUGGGGGCUGCGGCCGGCGUAAUGCUGGGAAGAGGAAACGGGGCGACGCUCCCAGGCGGCAACGGCGACGACUGCAGCGCCUGCCGGGGUCACGAACUCUGACCUUUCACCAGAAGACGCCGACCUUCCCCCCACCCCAAACAAACAAUAACAACCCCCUCCGCCUCCCCCCUCGCAUUAACCCAUUCGACGCCGCUAUCUCCGCCUCCCUCUCCCCCGCUUCUUGCCGGGCGCGGUGGGGGGUGGGGGACCCAAUCCAGGCCCAGCCGGACCGUUACGAGGCAAGCACCGCCGGGCUCGCUUGGCGCCAAACCCCAAGGUUCUCUAAUGAUCUUCCUUCACCAUGACAACCAAUAUGGAGGUGCUGGCUCAGCAGAUAGUGGAGACACAGCAGGUGGCUGAGGUGCAAACUGUACAGACAACAUUAUCUGAAUCUCCAGUGAUGACCAGCCCUUCCCAACGCAUCCAGAUAAUCUCCACAGAUUCCUCUGUAGCUUCACCACAGCGCAUUCAGAUCGUCACAGAUCAGCAAACAGGGCAGAAAAUCCAAAUAGUGACAGCAGUGGACUCAUCAGUAUCUCCAAAGCAACAAUUUAUUUUGGCUAGUCCAGAUGGAACAGGAACAGGGAAAGUGAUUCUGGCUGCACCUGAGGCAUCUAAUACCAAGCAACUUAUCUUUACCACCACAGAUAACAUUGUGCCAGGCAGAAUACAGAUUGUGACUGACUCUGCCUCUGUGGAACGUUUGUUGGCUAAAACGGAUGUCCAGCGACCACAAGUAGUAGAAUAUUGUGUUGUCUGUGGAGACAAAGCAUCAGGUCGUCACUAUGGUGCUGUCAGUUGUGAGGGAUGCAAAGGCUUCUUUAAAAGGAGUGUGAGGAAAAAUCUGACCUAUAGUUGCCGUAGCAACCAGGACUGUAUCAUCAAUAAACACCAUCGGAAUCGCUGCCAGUUUUGUCGGCUAAAAAAAUGCCUUGAGAUGGGAAUGAAAAUGGAAUCUGUACAGAGUGAAAGGAAGCCUUUUGAUGUGCAGCGUGAGAAACCAACCAACUGUGCUGCUUCAACAGAAAAAAUCUAUAUCAGAAAGGACUUAAGAAGUCCUCUAAUAGCAACCCCGACUUUUGUAGCAGAUAAAGAUGGAACUAGAUCAACUGGUCUUCUUGAUUCAGGGAUGCUUGUGAAUAUUCAGCAGCCACUAAUACGAGAUGAUGGUACAGUGCUUCUCGCUACAGAUUCUAAGGCAGAAACAAGCCAAGGUGCCUUGGGAACACUAGCAAAUGUUGUAACAUCACUUGCCAGCCUCAACGAGUCACUUAAUAAUGGAGAUACUUCUGAAAUCCAGCAAGAAGACCAAUCUGCAAGUGAGAUCACUCGGGCAUUUGAUACUUUGGCUAAAGCACUUAACACUACAGAUGGUGCAGCAGCUCAGAAUCUGGCAGAUGGGAUGGAUCCCACAAGUGGUGGGAAUAUUCAUGUAAUCAGUAGGGAUCAGUCUACACCAAUCAUUGAAGUCGAAGGACCCCUCCUUACAGAUACCCAUGUGACAUUUAAGUUAACCAUGCCUAGCCCAAUGCCAGAAUACCUGAAUGUGCAUUAUAUUUGUGAAUCAGCAUCCCGGUUACUUUUCCUUUCUAUGCACUGGGCUAGAUCCAUUCCUGCUUUUCAAGCACUAGGGCAGGACUGUAAUACAAGCCUUGUGCGUGCCUGCUGGAAUGAACUGUUUACUUUAGGCCUUGCACAAUGUGCACAGGUGAUGAGCUUGUCAACUAUCCUGGCAGCUAUUGUCAACCACCUGCAAAACAGCAUACAGGAAGAUAAACUUUCCGGAGACCGAAUAAAACAAGUGAUGGAACACAUCUGGAAACUUCAAGAGUUCUGUAACAGCAUGGCUAAACUUGAUAUUGAUGGAUAUGAAUAUGCUUACCUAAAAGCUAUAGUCCUCUUUAGUCCUGAUCACCCUGGUCUAACAAGUUCCAGCCAAAUAGAAAAAUUCCAGGAGAAAGCUCAGAUGGAAUUACAAGACUAUGUUCAAAAAACCUAUCCAGAAGAUACUUACAGGCUAGCCCGGAUACUAGUACGUCUGCCAGCACUUAGACUGAUGAGCUCUAGCAUUACUGAAGAACUCUUUUUUACUGGGCUCAUUGGAAAUGUUCCAAUUGACAGCAUCAUCCCCUACAUCCUGAAAAUGGAAACUGCAGAGUAUAAUGGCCAAAUAACAGGAUCAUCCUCCUAGAAGGGAUCAGCGCAUCUUGAUGGAUCUAAGUAAUCAUGAUUAACUUCGAUACUGUGUACAAAUAUUUUCAACAUGUUCCAUUUUAUUGUUAAAACUAUUCUUGUCUGUAGUCAAAGACAAGGUUUUUUUAAAAAAAAAACUUCUGCAAAAAACUUUUUCUAGGACUCAUUCUGCCAGAAGAAAUAUUUUAACACCUUUUCCUAAACAAACUAUGGUGAGUUGCUGAACAGUCCAUAAACUUACUUUUAUUUAGAAAUUAUCAGUGAGCAAAAAUAAGUUCUGGAAUGCUAGAAUAUUAAUUAAAAAGUAAUAAAUUAAGAACAUUGUCUUGGAUCCAAAGAAAUGCAGGUGGAGUUUUGCUCAUGCAAUGGGGCUCCCCAGACCCCACUUGUAGCUCUUCAUGCCUCCACAAAGCCACUCUUAAGGGCCAGAGGACCCUUAGGAAUGGUAUGAAAUGCAGCAUGGUGGGUUGCUGCUGGCAGUGAGAAUUAGCAACAUAUAUUCCCUUGAACAAGGAGAAAUGUAUUCUACUUGCUGAAAGAGCUCUUUGAAUCCAAGCAUAUAUCUAAAUUACCACAAUUUAGUGAUUAUCAGCACUUUCAAAGCACUUCUUGUUAAAGCUAUGACAUUGUCAUCGUCCUGCUUGUAUUAGCAGGGUAAAUGAAUAAUAGCCUUUUAACUACAGACGUAUGCUAGUGAUUUCUAUGAAAACGUGAAGAGCUGUGGAAGACAAUCAUUUAUCCUAUGAAAUUUCAAUUGUAUGUGUUUAUUAGUAAUAUGAUUCUUUCAAGGAUAUUUCUAUACCAUUUGAAAUUAAAUGUGGCUAAAUUAAUGUAAAUGUUUACAGCAUAAGUGAAACAAUGUUGUCAGCAUAAUAGAUGCAGUAGAAAUUAUUCACUGGAAAAUAACAUACUAAGUUCUUGCCUUUGUAAUGAGGAACCAUUGAAAUUUUUAAGAGGUUCAGUACCAGCCUGGUGCUGUUUACGUAUGAACGCUGUACUAAUAUGCCUUUUUUAUUGUGGCACAACUGUCACAGUUUUAAUAACAACUGUUUGCCGUUUAGUACUUAUAUAUACAUUAUAAUUUCAAACUCAUUCCUUCCCUCUGAAUCUUGAGAAGACUGAUUUUGGCAUAUCACCUAGUACUACCGUACAGUGAUUACUGCAGAAUGUAAGGCUCAGCCUUCUUCCUAAGGAUCAGAAACACUGCCUUAGUCAUUUUCCCAGCCUCCAGUUGCAACCCAUUAUGUUCUCUUCUGAAUCACUUCACACAUGGCAUUUUUCCUACAUAGACAUGAUAAUCUAUAUAUUCCAUUUUCGGGCAAAUGACACAGUGUAUGUUUUUCCAUGAUCACAUGUUUUAGAUGGCAUGCUUUGUUCUACAGCUACCAAAUACAUGUAAAUAAUUGUGGCAAAAUUGCAACCAUAACACAGCCUCAUGAGAAUUUAUUUGGAGUUGCAGUACCAAGAACUAUAUCUUAUAUUCUAGCCUGUCAAAAUACUUUCUAGGGCUGACCUUUUCCUGCUUGUUCUAUGUUGCUGUUGGACAGUAUCCAGCAAUAUCAUUCCACUAACUCAAAUUACGAUGCAUUAGUGUAAGGAAAACUAAACCAGCGCAAUGCCAAUAGCAUUAUCUUGCAUGACAGGAUUCCUCAGAAAAAACAUUGUGCAAGGUAACACUAUUGAUGUUGCGCAAGAUGUCCCUUACACUAGCACAAAAGAAAGGAAAACCCCAAUAGAGAUGCCAAAAAAGCCAGAAGCAAAGGUGUGGAACUAAGGAUGUAGUUUAUUAUAAACCAAAAUCCAACACGUUAUGCUAGCACAGUAUAAUUUGCAUUAGUGAAAUGAUAUUAUUGGAUACUGCCCUGUAUUUGUAAUGUAAUUUGCUACUAUCAUCGUGUCUUUCAAAUAUAAGGCACAGAAAUUCAUUUCUCACAAAAAUUACUUAUUUCUCAAAUUGGCCUUUAUUCAAAGACCUAUUCCAACAAUGUCAUGCUAUUUUUUUUAUUUUAUUUUUUCGUUAAGCUCUCCGCUGUCAGAGGAUCUUAUUACAGAUUCAGAUACUAUUCUGUCCCGUGACUUUGUCCCCAGCAUAAGGAUCUCAUUUACAGCCUACAUUUGAGGAAGCAAGUCAUUGGUGAUUCAACCCAGCAUAGACCCAGAAAUCAAUUUAACUAUGCUACUGCAAUCCAUUGCAUGGCUACCUUACUCUCAGUGUAUAGGAUUUUAGCCUAAAUGAUCAUAAUCUCAAAUUCUUAGGAGUAUCCAAAUAUAUUGCACUUCCUACCUUUUCUUUCAAACUACAGUUUACUUCACAAGAGAACAACUACAGAGAAAUUGAAACAGUAUAGUCCUUGAUUUACAGUUUAGCUCCUACUUAAAUCCUAAAAUCAUUUGUGCACAUCCAAUUAAUAAGAUGUGGGUAUGGGUGCGUCUUGAAGUAAAGGGAAAUUUGAUGUCAAAAUCGUAAUUCAAAUUAUGUCUUAACUAAAAAUGGCAAAAGAACCCAACACUAUGAAGGCUACUGUAGCUGUGUGGUAGCAGCACUAUGUUGGAAUAGAGUUGAGUCACUCAUAAAACUGAAAAUUAGUUGUAGCCAAAAUGCUAUCAUUGAAAAUAUUGUA